UGCGCAGGUGCUCAUCGUCAGCCCACAACUUUGCUCUCGGUAUGGCACGGAAGUUAUUCAGCAAAGAAGAGAUAAGAAUAAGCAAUGUGAAUGGCAAGCAAGGGCACCAGCAGCUAGACCUGGUCCGAAUUUCAUUUAUAAAGAAGAGAGUGUUAAGGUAUUACUCCAUACCAGAGAGUGAGCAGACCAGAACUUGGAAGAGAUGCACCAUUGCCAUUGAUGAGAGAUGUAGACGUUUGAGAAGGCCGCAGCGGCCUCGACCACUACAAGCUAUUCAAGUUCAGCCACCCCAUGUUCAGCCAAUGCCGUUCCAGCCACCCCCUGUUCAGCCAGCGCCGUUCCAGCCACACACAGUUCUGCCAGAGCCAGUCCAGCCACCCCCAGUUCAGCCACCCCCAGUUCAGCCAGCAGCUAUCGAGCGGUUCAGCCUUUAAGCAGACAAAUCAAACUAAACAGCUCUUUUCAGAGCCACCAUAUGAAUAAAAAAGAGAUUUGAAAGAAUUUAUGCUAAAACACAAGGAACAUCACAGAAUCCCCCCAAUUCCUUCUACAAUUACAACACUAAAACAUCAAUAACACAUCUUUUUUUUAAAGAUAUUUUUUAAACAAUAAUUUUAAAGAACU